AUGUCAGGGGAGACACGCGGGCUCCUUCGGGACCAACCUCCGCGGUUUCAUGGCUCCAUGUCGCGGACCGGGGAGGAGGGAUCCCGGGACACGCAGAUUCCUCCGCCACCUUCCAACCAAAAACACGGGACGGGGAAGCACCGGGACAGGCUGACGCGCAGGGUGCUGCGACGGACCGCUCUAUCUUUGAUUCCUUUGAUGCUUGCGUGUGUCGCGCUGGUCUUCACCGCCAGGCACGCCGCGAACGUCGCUUCCAGGGCUCCAACGAGGCGACUUUCGGAGUCCCACGUCGGCGGGCAUCGGAUUCGGCAACGAGUUCAUCUCAGGGCCAACCUCGGCGAUGCGUCCCCGGACUCCGGCGUUGCGCCGCUCGCGAGGGUUCCCGACCGUGUCACGUCGGAUCUGACCUGGGCUCGGCGGUUCGCGCUGGCGGCAGAGCUCCUGAAGGUUCCCCCCGCGUUCAACCUGGACACACUCGGCGGACAAGACCCGAACACGUCGCAGGACCUUGCCAAGCUGAGGGCGUGGACCCGCGCGCACUACGAGCCGUCGUGGACCAAGAGGCACUUCUUGGUGCCCGUGAAGGUCGGGGGUGCGAGCUUGGAGUACGCGCCGGUGUUCAAGGCUGCGAACAACAACAUCAGGUACACACUCAGGCAGUGGGAGCCGAUGGUGAUGGGCGAGUCCGAGCUGAACGCACUAUCUGGUGGGGACAAAGACGGCGCCGUCGCGGCGAUGGGUCUGAGGAAGAGGCACCAGAAUCAGCCCGAGCUCGAAGACAAUGAGACACCGCUGAUCGACGACGGUAGACCGUGCCUGUUCACGUUUGUGCGGGAUCCGCUGACGAGGUUCGUGUCGGCUUACUCCGAGUUUGAAUACAGGCAGUCGCCCACGUUCCUGGAGGGUGUGAAGGAUGUCUGUCCGCAGGGUGACUGGGUGGACAGCGCGUUCGAUGUUUCGUCAUACGCGUACGACGAGCUUGAGGAUGGGGUGCUGGGCAAGAAGAACAAGAAAAAGAAUACGGCGUCGGCGAAGGUGGGACACAGACACUCCCACAAGGAUUCCGAGGAGGAGGAGGAGGAGGAAGGCGGCUCCUCCGGUGACAUGAACGUUGCGGAGAACCAGGGCUUAUUCGCUCGGCUAAACGGUCGGUCGACGGAUUGGCCUCCUAAGCGCGGAAGCGAGCAGCGAGCGAGGCUCACGCUCGUGCUCCUCGCACAGCUUCGAUGGGUCGAGACGGGAAACACGGGCGAGAUGCCCAAUGUGACGGCGACAGACCCUCUCGGGGUGAAGCAGGGUUUGAACUGCUACGUCGCCUUCCAUCAUCUGUUCCCGCAGGCGAGUAAUUUCCUGGAAGGGGGCGUGGGAGGGAUGUCGCAGGCGAACUGGGUACCGAUGAACUUCAUUGGACACCUCGAGAAUUUUGACAAGGAGUGGAAGCGCCUGGCAAAGACGUGCGAUGUCCACCCUGAGCAUGAGCUGAAAUACCGACACUUACCCAGCGGCGGAGGUCAUUUUGCCACUCGGGGUGAGCAGGGACCUGACAAGGCCAUGGAGCGGCUGCUGAUCGAGGACGAAGACGCGUUGCGGGCAUUCUGUCUCAUGUUCCUCGACGACUACACUUGGGGCGGAUACGACCUGCCCAAGACGUGUGCCGAGGAUUCAAGGAUACAAGCACUGAUUGAAAUUCGAUAG